AUGUUAACAUUUAUAAUUAAUUUCUUAUUAUUUCAUAUUUUUUUAUUUUUUUCUAACUCUCUACAUUUACUUCUAUAUUUAAAAAGUAAUAAUGGAAUUAAUGAUGAAGGUUUAUCAGAUUUAGGCUCUUCUUUAGCUUAAUGUGCUAAUCUCUAGAAUUUAGACAUUGAUUUUAGUCACAAUUAAAUUGAUGAUAUAUCAAGCUUUUGUUCUUUCCUAGCUAACUGUAAUACAAUCUCAUGUUUGGCACUUCUUUUUGUCAACAAUUAUAUUUAGAAUGAGAGUAUGUUAGGUUUAGGUACUGCUUUUGCAAGUUUGACUAAUCUCGCAAAUUUGACACUUGAUCUCAAUCGUAACAAAAUUGGGGUAUAGGGUGUAUAAUAAUUAGGUUAUACUUUAUCAGAGUGCAUUAAUCUCAAAAAUUUGAUACUUAAUAUAAGGAUUAAUUCUAUACAUCAAGCAAAAAAAUUAGAAAUUAUGAGAAACUAUCUUAAAACAAAAAGAUUGGUUAUCUUAAAAACAGAUUUGUGA